AUGGCUUCCUCCACAGCCCAAAUCCAUACCCUCGGUACCACCGCUUCGUUCCGGAGCAAACCCAAUCGUCCCAAUCUCUCCUCCUCCAAAGCCUUCUUCUUCGGCCAGAAGCUUCGUGGUACGGUGUCUUUUCCCCGACUAAGAACCGCCGGUAAGGUGGGCCCGCUUAAGGUGGUGAACGAGAAGGUCGUGGGGAUCGACCUGGGGACGACUAAUUCAGCUGUUGCUGCUAUGGAAGGAGGCAAACCGACCAUAGUAUCCAACGCAGAGGGCCAGCGCACCACGCCGUCUGUGGUCGCCUACACGAAGAGUGGGGACAGGUUGGUGGGUCAAAUUGCCAAGCGCCAGGCCGUUGUGAACCCGGAGAACACCUUCUUCUCCGUCAAGAGGUUCAUUGGGAGGAAGAUGUCCGAAGUGGACGAGGAGAGCAAGCAGGUCUCCUACCGGGUCGUCAGGGACGAGAAUGGCAAUGUCAAGCUGGAGUGCCCUGCAAUCGGAAAGCAGUUUGCUGCAGAAGAAAUCUCUGCCCAGGUUUUGAGGAAGCUUGUGGAUGAUGCUUCAAAGUUUCUGAAUGAUAAAGUUACCAAAGCUGUUGUGACGGUGCCCGCUUACUUUAAUGAUUCCCAAAGGACAGCAACAAAGGAUGCUGGUCGUAUUGCUGGUUUAGAAGUUCUUAGAAUAAUCAAUGAACCCACAGCUGCCUCAUUAGCAUAUGGGUUUGAAAAGAAGAACAACGAGACCAUCUUGGUAUUUGACCUCGGUGGUGGUACUUUUGAUGUAUCAGUGCUUGAGGUUGGUGAUGGAGUCUUUGAGGUGCUUUCUACUUCUGGAGAUACUCAUUUGGGUGGUGAUGAUUUUGACAAGAGAAUUGUCGAUUGGCUGGCUGCAAACUUCAAGAGAGAUGAAGGUAUAGAUCUGUUGAAGGAUAAACAAGCUCUUCAGCGGCUAACGGAGACAGCUGAGAAAGCUAAGAUGGAGCUUUCAUCUUUAACUCAGACAAACAUGAGUUUGCCUUUCAUUACUGCCACUGCAGAUGGCCCCAAGCAUAUUGAAACCACCCUCACUAGGGCCAAGUUUGAGGAAUUGUGUUCUGACCUUCUUGACAGGCUUAGAAGACCAGUUGAAAAUUCCUUGAGGGAUGCUAAACUCUCCUUCAAAGAUUUAGAUGAAGUGAUCCUUGUUGGAGGAUCAACUCGAAUUCCAGCUGUUCAGGAGCUUGUGAAGAAGUUGACUGGGAAAGAUCCCAAUGUGACCGUAAAUCCUGAUGAAGUUGUUGCCCUAGGGGCUGCAGUUCAGGCUGGUGUUUUAGCUGGGGAUGUCAGUGAUAUUGUGCUUUUGGAUGUUUCACCGUUGUCACUGGGUCUAGAAACCCUGGGUGGUGUGAUGACGAAGAUCAUCCCAAGAAAUACUACCCUGCCGACAUCCAAGUCAGAGGUGUUUUCUACAGCUGCAGAUGGACAGACCAGUGUCGAGAUUAAUGUUCUACAAGGCGAGCGAGAGUUUGUUAGGGACAACAAAUCUCUUGGUAGCUUCCGUCUGGAUGGUAUCCCACCUGCACCUCGUGGGGUCCCUCAAAUUGAAGUAAGAUUUGACAUUGAUGCCAAUGGUAUCCUCUCAGUCACUGCGGUUGACAAGGGCACAGGGAAGAAGCAAGACAUAACAAUUACUGGUGCUAGCACCUUACCUGGUGAUGAGGUGGAGAGAAUGGUCAAGGAGGCGGAGAAGUUUUCAAAGGAGGACAAGGAAAGGAGAGAUGCGAUUGACGCUAAGAACCAAGCUGAUUCUGUUGUCUACCAGACAGAAAAGCAACUCAAGGAGCUGGGAGAUAAGGUUCCAGGCCCAGUGAAAGAGAAGGUAGAGGCAAAGCUUGGAGAGCUCAAGGAUGCAAUUUCAGGGGGUUCCACCCAAGCCAUUAAGGACGCUAUGGCGGCCCUAAAUCAAGAAGUCAUGCAGCUUGGCCAGUCCCUAUACAAUCAACCAGGUGCUCCUGGCGCAGGUGCUGGUCCUGGGCCAUCACCUGGCGGUGAAUCUGGGCCUUCAGAAUCAUCCGGCAAGGGGCCUGAUGGAGAUGUUAUCGAUGCAGAUUUCACUGACAGCAAGUGAGCAAAAAUUGGAUAUUUUUUGUGCCGCUCAUCGCUUAUUCUUUGUUAAUGUGUAUAAGAAUUGUUUUUGCGGGGAUUGUAUUAACUUGGUAGGGUUACAGAGAGUCUUAUUUUACCUUAUGGGGAAAAGAAUGCAAUUGAAAAUAGAGAUGCAAGACUAUUUAAAGUUCCCCGCAGUAGCAAAAUCUUGGGCAAUUGCCACUUUUUGAAGAAAUAUUACAUAAAUGAGACAUGACGGAUUUGAGGGAAGAAA